UAUAAUUCUACAAUUUAUUAAAAUUUUAAAAAUUAUAUUUUUUAUUUAAAUUUCUAUAUUUUACUUGUAAUUUAAUACCUUUAUUAGAAGGAUUAAGUUGGCCAUAGAAUGUCUCAGUUUAUGGGCCGUAUGAGUAAAUUGGCAGGUUUAGGCGCUGCUAGUGUGGCCCUUCCAUACCUUUGCUUAUUUGACGUUGAUGGCGGUGAACGUGCAGUGAUGUUUAACCGUUUUGCCGGUGGUGUAAGCAAGAAAACAUUCGGGGAAGGCUCCCACUUUUAUGUGCCCUGGUUCCAAGUUCCUUAUUUAUAUGACAUUAGAGCUAAACCUAAGGUGAUUAAUACCACAACUGGUACUCAGGAUUUACAAAUGGUUAGCAUUAGCUUAAGGCUAUUGUACAGACCAUUGGCUGAACAUUUGCCUAGAAUCCAUCAGAAACUUGGUCCAGACUUUGAUGAGCGUGUUUUGCCUUCAAUUGGAAAUGAAGUUUUGAAGGCUGUAGUGGCUAAAUAUAACGCAGAAUCGCUUUUAACUCAGAGAGAUAAAGUGUCUAAGGACAUUAGAGAGGCCAUCACAGCUCGUGCAAUGCAAUUUGAUAUUAAACUUGACGAUGUCGCAAUUACACAUUUGAGUUACGGUAAAGACUUUUCAAAGGCUAUUGAGGAGAAACAAGUUGCACAGCAGGAAUCUGAACGUGUUAAAUUUAUAGUGGCCAAAUCUGAACAGGAGAAGAUUGCCGCUAUAAUCAGAGCAGAAGGAGAAGCUGAAGCUGCGAAUCUCAUCUCUAAGGCCGUUCAAACUCAUGGCUCAGGAAUGCUAGAGGUUAGGAAAUUGGAAGCCGCUAAGGAAAUCGCAGAAACGCUCUCCAACUCCAAAAACGUUGUAUACGUACCAAAUAAUCUCAAUAUGCUCAUUAAUCCCACUAAUCUCUAAUCUUAUUUACCCUUUAAUU